ACGGGCGGGCGCUUCGCGGUUUGAAUGGCUACGGGCCCGGGCCCGCAGCUCACCUGAGGACUGGCCGCCCAAGGGUGCGCCAUGCCAUCUGGAGGCGACCAGUCGCCGCCGCCCCCGCCGCCCCCUCCGGCGGCGGCAGGCUCCGAGGAAGAAGAGGAGGAGGAGGACGACGACGACGACGACGGGGAGGCGGAGGAGUCCGCGCAGCCGACGCGGACGCCGACUCCGCAGACCCAGCAGCGGUUCGACGAGCUGUGCUGCCGCCUCAACAUGGACGAGGCGGCGCGGGCGGAGGCCUGGGACAGCUACCGGAGCAUGAGCGAGAGCUUACACGCUGGAGGGAAAUGAUCUUCAUUGGUUGGCAUGUGCCUUAUAUGUGGCUUGCAGAAAAUCCGUGCCAACUGUAAGCAAAGGGACAGCUGAAGGAAACUAUGUGUCUUUAACUAGGCUCCUGCGAUGCUCAGAGCAGAGCUUAAUUGAAUUUUUUAACAAGAUGAAGAAAUGGGAAGAGAUGGCAAAUCUACCCCAAGAUUUCAGAGAACGGACUGAGAGAUUAGAAAGAAACUUCACUGUUUCUGCUGUAAUUUUUAAGAAAUAUGAGCCCAUUUUUCAGGACAUUUUUAAAUAUCCUCAGGAGGAGCAGCCUCGGCAACAAAGAGGAAGAAAGCAACGGUACGCUUCUCUCUGCUGGUUAGGGAUAUAUGUG